UUAGAGAGAGAAAGGACCCUUCACCGUCGUUCGCGUCCAUCUUCCGGCUCCAUUCUAGGUUAGUCCUCGUCCCUUCUCUUCCAUGUCUUCCCAAUCUUCGGUCUUUCGUCAGUCCGAGUCCGAUCGCGGUGCUGAGGGCUCCGUCGCAGGUUCCGUGCAGGAGAGUGACUCCCGCUCGCCCUCCGUCGAGGAGAUAGUCGAAGCGGUCGAGAUCCCUCUCCAGUCGGAGCCUCGCAAUCAGAGGCGGACCGUCCUCGAGGACUCGGGGAUCCGAGCGCGAAAGUGCACCCUUACUCGGGAGGAGUUCCGCAAAGCGAAGCGCCUAGCCUCGGCGCCGGGCGUAACCGUGCAACGUCCUACUACCGAACAGUCGGUCUUUCACGCCCCACCGGGUUCCUUCGCCAUCCACCUCAAGUCCCUCGAGUAUGGGUUUCGCUUCCCCCUCCACCUGCUGGUUAUAGAUUUCUUCCUCCACUUUGAUUUCCUCCCUUGCCAAGUCGUGCCCAAAUCCCACCGCUACCUGGCGGGAUUUCUCAUUCGUUGCCAAGGGACCGGGGUUCGCCCCGAUCUAGCCCGUUUCUUGCUCCUCUUCCGGUUGGCGAAGUCGUCCAGUCGGGCGAACUCCGACUCGGGCUCGUACGCCUCCAUAUUCCAAAGACAGGAGAAGCUCUUCAAGACGAGAAAAGACUCCGCCAAGAGUUGGAAGGGGAAAUUCGUCUUCGUUUCUCUGUCCUCGGGCUCCCCCUUUCGUAAGGAACCCCUCAGCUCCUUCCGACGUCGUUCCGCCUUCAUCAACUCGGACAAGAUGCUCGAGGAUGUAGAGACGCUCUGCCGAGGGGGGCCCUUCGAGGUCGGAUCGAUAGUGACGAACGACGCGUUAGCGGCGCUCGGAUUCGUCUUCCUAUCCCCGGAAGAAACUCAGCGGAGCAUCGAAGAAGGCCCCUCAGGUGAAAUCAUGCUUUCCAGCGCCGAACGGAUGAAGCUCAUGUUCCCAGAUGCCACAAGUGGCAGCUCCCGGGCUCCUACCGUGGCCGGUCGUCCUCCGACUCCGCCGGUGAAGCCGAUCCCCGAGCCGGCCCAGAAGAAGAAGAGGAAGGAUACGGCCUCGGCCACCGACACUCCCACGGGGUCCGAGUCCCCCCUGAUGAAGGAUUUCGGCCACCAGAGGCAUGUCAAGGCGGCCUUCCCCGCAGGGGUCUCCUUCCUGGACCGGGACUACGAUCCAGAGACUUUUCUGCGUAGCAUGACCCCCCCGACCGACCGCGCCAAGAUCAAGGACGCCGACCGGGAAGCUCUUGCCUCGGACAUGUUCCACGAGAUGGGCUCGGCGAUGAUGCGCAUGGUCGACAUGACCCAUCGACUGCGCAUCAAUGAGGCUGACCGGAGCAGAGCUUACGUUGAGAUAGCUGACCUCAACGAGGCGUUGAAGGUGGCCAAGGAGCAAGCUCGUCAGGCCGAGGAGCGGGCUAAGCGAGCCGAGGAGCAGGCUCAGCAGAUCGCAGAGGCGGCUCGGCAGGCGCGCCAGGAGGUUCGCGAGCAAGCCGUGGCAGAGUUUCUAUCCUCGGGGGCAUUCCAGGAUGAGGCAUUCGCCCGCAUGAAUGACCUGCUCAAGGCAUGGGGGCAGACUGAGGAGGGGAAGGCCUUUGCUCGUUCCGAGGGGACCCAGUGGUACAACCUCGGUCUUUUCCGAGCGCAGCAGGUCCUCUCUGACAGGUUCCUCAACGGGGUGGACCUCCCCGAACCGUGCGACAAUCCUGAUGAGUUCGACGCCUCCAUCUAUUACCCGAAUGGCGGGGACACGGCUGUCGAGCAGGCGAAUGUCAAUUGAUAGAAACUUAAAACUUUGUAUUUG